AUGGACGUCGGAGGCUUCCACGAGGUUCCGCUCGACUUGCGAGCCAUCACCUCCGAAGCCACGUCCCGCCAAAUUUCCCGGCUCCAGUCUCGGCACUCAUCGGUGGGAGAUGAGACACUGGAACCCGAGGUGCUCCACAAAACUGCGUCUGAAAAAGACCCCAAAUAUGCCCGGUUCUCCAACAAAACCAAGCACGUAUGCCUCCUUAUCUCCGCCAUGUCAGGCUUCUUGGCCCCGUUGUCGUCGUUGACGAUUUUGCCUGCUAUUCCCGAAAUAGCCCUGCGUUUCAACACCACCGAGGAAAUCAUUAAUGUCUCCAAUGCCAUCUACUGUGUGUGCAUGUCGCUUCUGCCGUGCAUCUUCUCGCCCUGCAGCGACAUCUACGGCCGGCGCUACACAUUUUUGUUCUGCAGCGUGAUGUUCUGUGUGAGUUCGGCCUUGGUAGCGGUGUCUCAGAACUUGGCCAUGUUCUUUGUGUUUCGGUGUAUGAGUGGGUUCUUCGGGACCUCAUUCUUCAGCAUCGGGGGACACAUUGUGGGCGACGUCUACCACCCGACCCAGCGUGGCAGAGCCAUGGCGGCGUUGGUGGCAGGGGCUCAGGUGGGAACUGGGUUUGGUCCGGUGUUUGGGGGGAUUAUCGUCAACUUCACGUCCUGGCGAGUGAUUCUCUGGGUGAUGAUGGGAGCUGGUGCCAUGGUGAUGGUGCUAGCGGUGUUUUUUUUACCGGAGACGUCGGUGCAGACGGUUCACUCGUUGGUACUAGCAGAAGCCCGCAAAACCAACCCAUCCACCAGGUUUGUGUUUGUACCCUUCAACCCGCUCCGUAUCAUGAAGGCAUUAAAGUACCCCAACCUCUCGAUCGAUGGAUUCAUUGCCAUUGCCACCUUGUACACCAUGUUCCAGUUGCAAACGCCGAUUCGCUCGGUGCUCGAGCCUCGUUUCCAUCUAGACUCGCCGCUUUAUAGUGGGCUUUUCUACUUGGCUCCUGGCAUGGGAUACGUCACCGGCAGCUUCAUAGGCGGUCCGUGGGCCGACUGGACCGUCAAGCGGUACAUGAAGAAAAAAGGUAGAAGGGUUCCUGAGGACCGGUUGCGAACAGUUCUUAUCCCGUUGGGAAUCAUGUAUCCCGUGAGCACCAUGAUAUACGGAUGGUCAAUUGAGUACAAGAAGGGUGGCAUGGCCGUGCCCAUCAUAUUCUUGUUCAUGGGUGGAGUGGCCCAAACGUGCAUUUUCCCGGCUUCAAAUGCCUAUUGUGUGGACUCGAUGCCUGAGCUCGGGGGAGAUGGUAUUGCCAGCAGCUACUUCUCGCGGUACGUGGCGGCGGCGGUGGCAUCAGCGUCGUGCUUGACGAGCAUCAAGAACAUCGGGUUGGGGUGGACUUGCACCAUCACCGCCAUUGUGCUUUGGAUAGCUUGUGGGUGUGCGGUGGUGUUGAUUAUCUGGGGAGAGCAAAUGAGGAUACGGGCGUUGGUGAAGGCCGGGCUCCGUGAUGCCGACGACCUCAACAGUAUCCAGAGACAGAUGGUGAAGAGACACAAGGAGAUUUAACAAUAUAUUCAUUAAAAGGUAGGGAAAGCUACCUAGGCUCAUACAGUUUCCACUUUCCUGACUUUUUCUUUUUGGCCUC